CCAUUGCCAAUCCUUGCCUCCUCACUCCCUCACUACUCACGCACACAAGACAUCUCUUCUUUCCACGUCUCCGGCUCCUAUCAAUCAGCUCAACCACACUACCAUGGAGUCCUCGUUGCCACCGUCGCUGCGCCACAAGCUGCAGACCACCGUCUGCGGCUGCUUCGGCUCACAGUCGUCGCCGGGCAGCGGCGGGGGGAGUCCGCAAAAGGGCGGCAGGGCCAGGUGGAGGCGACGCGUGGCGGCCGCAGGGGAGUUCCGGUACGACCCGCUCAGCUACGCGCUCAACUUCGACGACGGCGCCACCGACAACGGUGACGUCGACGUGGAGGAUGAGGCCUUCCGGUACAGAAACUUCAGCUCGCGUCUGCCUUCAUCGCCGCUGCCGGCCUCCCGAGCCGUCGCCAUCGCCUGAAUAGCAAUCAAUUUUAAUGUUCCAUCGGUUCUCAAUGCAAGGCAGCCGAUACAUGUAUGUACGUACUGAAGAAUUCGUUUGGUCGGGAAUCA